GGGGGUUACCAUAUUUGGUAAGGGCGUUCCACGCGGCACGAAGUACGUCCCUUCAACGUCAUCUCCGGUUCUCUCUUUCCCGUCCGAUCCCCUAACAUGGCGCCGCUCAAACAGAAGAGACCAACUGUUGGCAAGAAGGCCAAAAAGGGAGCUUCAUGGAAGUUCACCUUGGACCUGACCCACCCUGUGGAGGAUGGGAUCCUGGACUCUGCAAACUUUGAAAUCUUCCUCAAAGAGAGGAUAAAGGUCAACGGAAAGACGGGGAAUCUGGGUAACAUCGUCCAGGUCGGCCGCAUGAAGAACAAGAUCAACGUCACGUCUGAGAAGCAGUUCUCCAAAAGGUAUCUGAAGUACCUAACGAAGAAGUACCUGAAGAAGAACAACCUCCGCGACUGGCUGAGAGUGGUGGCAUCCGACAAGGAGACGUACGAGCUGCGUUACUUCCAGAUCAGUCAGGACGACGAGGAGUCGGAGGCAGAUGAAUAAACAGCUGUCUGUGUGUCAGGAGAAUAAAUGUGGAAAAGAACA